AUGGCCUCCCUGCAACUCCCUCCAGUCCCGACUCCGGUCGCGAUCAUGGAUCAAUUCAUUGCGCAACAAUCCGAGGUCCUGGUUCUGAAGGAAAAGGUCCUCUCCCUCUCGGGGGAUAGCUUUGAUGUGAGGCUGGUUAGUGGCGAACCUAUCUUUCGGAUCAAAGGCAAGCCACUGAGUAUUUCGGGUCGUAAAUCUGUCUUCGAUAUGGCGGGCAAUCACUUGUUUGAUAUCGUCAAGGAGCAUCUGCACCUCCACUCCACCUACGCUAUUCACGCUCUAGAUGGCAGCAAGUUACUCGAGGUCAAAAGUAGCCUUUCCUUGAUCGGCUCCAAUGCUACCGCAACCUUUACACCCCCCAGUACUGACAGCCUUGUGUCCUUGAAUAUGAAGGGGAACUGGCGGUCUCGUAAGGCGAGCAUUGUGGACGAUGCGACGGGGGCAGUGGUGGCCCAGAUCGAUCGCAAGCGGUUCAACGCUCGUCAGAUAUUCUUCCACCAGCAGACCUAUGCCGUGAUCGUUGCUCCAGGGGUGGAUCUGGCGCUGAUCGCAGCCCUGUGUGUCUGUUUUGACGAGAAGAAUAACGACUGA